AUGGCUACUGUUCAAGAUAGGGGUGUCGCCCUUUUCGACGGUGAAAGAGACUACAACCAUGCAACCGACAACACAUACAAGGACUUGCGUGCCCAGGCUGAGAAGUUGUACAGCAAGAGAAGUCAACUCUCCAGUCAGUCUCAACAAGCGUACCAAAGAGGUGACAAACAGAGAGCCAAGGAGCUUAGCGACGAGCUGAAGAGAGUUUUGAACGAAGCAGAAAACUACAACAAGCAGGCCGCAGAAUAUGUGUUCAGAGAGAACAAUGCAGACUCUGCUGAGGAUGAAAUUGACUUGCAUGGUUUGUAUGUCAAAGAAGCUGAAUGGAUUUUGAAGAGACGUAUCUCUGAAUGUUUGCGUACCAACCAAUCUCACUUGAAGGUGAUUGUGGGUAAAGGGUUGCACUCGCAGAACGGAAUUGCCAAGUUGAAACCAGCUGUUGACCAAUUGUGUGAUGAGUCCGGCUUGAAGCACUAUAUCGACAACAAGAAUUCUGGUGUUUUGGUGAUUGACUUUACGAAUUCUUCUGGUAAUCAGAUCCCAUCUCACUGGGAGCAGCCAUCUUAUGGCAACAACAUGCAACCACAGUACCAACAACAACAUGGCAGCAACCAGCAGUAUGGUAACAACAACCAGAACAUCAACACUGGCAACCUGCUUGUUGACACCCUUAUUAAGAUUGUUUGCUCUUGUCUCAAGUGA